AUAUGCGGCAAGCAUCCUCUGCUCUCCCAACACAUUCAUCCAACAACCAACACCACUGCUUACCAGUCUGGAAUCUACUCAAGCUAGCUAGCUGAUCUGAUCGAGAUGGAGCGGCGAGGAGCAGCGGCGGCGCCGUCGCUGGAGCUGCCGGGGUUCCGCUUCCACCCCACGGAGGAGGAGCUGCUGGAGUUCUACCUCAAGCACCACGUCACUCGAAACAACAAGCAGCAGCAGCUCAGGGCGCCGUUCGACAUCAUCCCCACGGUGCACCUGUACCGGCACGACCCCUGGGACCUCCCGGGCCUGGCCGCCAUCGCCAGCGAGCGCGAGUGGUACUUCUUCGUGCCCCGCGACGGCGCCCGGAAGCACGCGUCCGGCGUUGCCGGGGGCGGGCGCCCGAGCCGCACCACGGAGCGCGGGUUCUGGAAGGCCACGGGGUCCGACCGCGCCGUGCGCUGCGCCGCCGAUCCCAAGCGCCUCGUCGGGCUCAAGAAGACGCUCGUCUACUACCAGGGCCGCGCGCCCCGGGGCACCAAGACAGACUGGGUCAUGAACGAGUACCGCCUGCCCGACCUCGCCGGAGCCGGCGCCGGCGAGCAGCAGGACGUGGUGCUCUGCAAGGUGUACCGCAAGGCCGUGUCGCUCAAGGAGCUGGAGCAGCGGGUCGCCAUGGAGGAGCUCGCGCGCACGCGCUCCUCCCCGCCCACCACCACGGCCUCCCACUGCAGCGCCGGCUCGCCCGACGUCUCCUCCGCGUCGGAGGUCGCCAACGAGGCCGUCAACGCCGUCGUGCAGCACCAUGGCCACCACGGGGUGAAGAAGGAGGAGGCCGUGGCGGUGGCGAGGCCGCCGGCGAUGCGGCUGCCGCAGCUGGAGACGGCCAAGGGCGGCGCUGGGCUGGAGUGGAUGCAGGACCCGUUCCUGACGCAGCUGAGGAGCCCCUGGAUGGAGGGCCUCUGCUUGUCUCCCUACUACGCCAGCGUCCUCAACUUCUAGCUACAACCAAAAAUUAUUACUCGUACUACUAAUCACUAGUCCAUUAAUCCAUGGAGCCAUCUCAAAAUUCAGAGGUAAAAUACAUCAGCCAGCAGAUUAUGUAGCGGUCACUGAAUCUGGCAACAGAAAUGGAGUCUACUGGUUGGCAUAUGAAACUCAAUAGUAUAUGACACAACUAGACAAAAGGAAUGGUGAAAUUUUACCAUGUAUAGCACAGAUAGAGGAGCCAAAUUUUCACUACUCUAUUAAUUACUACGU